AUGUAUGACAAGCUUCUGGUGGAACUUCGUAACGAGGACCAUGCAUCCUUCACCAACUUCAUGCGUAUGCAGCCAGCAAUGUUCGAUGAGUUGCUAGCCAGAGUGGGUCCAAGGAUAACCAAGGAGUACACCUUCUACAGGGAUACGCUUGAGCCCGGCAUGAAGCUGGCACUAACUUUGCGUCACCUUGCCUCAGGGAACAAGUAUGCCUCGAUGAAGUUCGGAUGGAGGGUCCCUCACAACACCCAAUCCGUAGUGGUCAGAGAAGUCUGUCAAGCCAUUAUUGACGAAUACGUGGAUGAGGUGCUGGUUUGCCCAAGUACUCCUGAUGGUUGGCGCGCCAUAGCUGACAAGUUCUUCCAAAGAUGGAACUUUCCCCAUACAUGUGGGGCACUUGAUGGAAAACACGUGGCCUGCCGCUGUCCUCCAAAGAGUGGGUCCCAAUACUUUAACUACAAAGGAUUCUACUCCAUUGUUCUGCUGGCGCUUGUAGAUGCUGACUAUAAAUUCAUUUGGGCAGAUGUCGGUGGUACUGGAUCAGCAUCAGAUGCGCAGAUAUACAACGACUGUGAGCUGAAGGAAUGUACUGAAGACGGCACCCUAGGUUUCCCUGACCCUGAGCCUCUUCUCAAUGACAACCAGGAUGUGCCUUCUUCUUCAUCGGUGACGAUGCCUUCGCCCUACGACCAAGCAUGA